UAAAUUGUGCACAUUUCAGACAUGGCGUUGUGCACCUUCCACCAUCUCAUAUGGCAACAUUUUGUAGAAAAUAAGUUUUACAUUGUGAUUGCGAUUACGUUAUUCUAAGCAAAUUAAAUAGUUUAGGGAGUGUUUCUUAUUGGAGAGUAAAGGGUAAAGUGCUUUUUGAAUUGGUUGGAGUGGAGGAAGAGUGCAGUCUAAUAAGGCAUUGAGGUAUUUAUUAUUAAUGAUAAGACUUAAACAGUAUUCCAUUUCCUACUAUAUUUGAUACAGUAUUGGGGCCGCAAAAUGCGUUGUCCUCGAGCUCUUCGAAUCUAGACCAAAGCUCGUACAGGUGGAACACCGCAGCCUCCCUCCACCGCACAACCUCAUCAGCUGCCGCGUCAGCGUCAAGCGCCACCGUAAACACAAAACUCAAAAUCCAACUGCCGGCGAACUGUUCCCCCUAGUAUAUCAGAAACUACCAUGGCCGUAGAGAAUUUAAUGGAAAUUCAAAUUCCCCAUCAGAAACACUACCGUGGAAGUUAUUUCCCAUUAGUUUUAUCGCCGUCUUCGGCUUCUUUCAGUAUUUCGUCCUUUGCUCAAGCCAUCAAGGCCCAGAAACCAACAAUUGAUUCCUUGAUUCUCAACUCCGGAGCCAUACUCUUUAGAGGUUUUCCGGUAGAAGCGGCAUCCGACUUCAACGACGUCGUUGAGGCCUUUGGUUACGAGGAGUUUCCUUACGUCGGAGGUGCAGCUCCUCGAAGUAAGGUCGUUGGUCGGGUUUUCACGGCCAACGAGUCCCCGCCAGACCAAAAGAUCCCUUUUCAUCACGAAUUGGCCCAGGUGUCUGAAUUCCCUGCCAAGCUGUUUUUCUAUUGUGAAGUAGAGCCUAGAAGUGGUGGAGAAACACCCAUUGUUCUCAGUCAUGUUGUUUAUGAGAGAGUGAAAGAGAAAUAUCCAGAAUUUGUUGAGAGGUUGGAGGAACAGGGCCUAAUUUACACUCGCGUGUUGGGAGAAGACGAUGAUCCAUCAUCUCCAAUCGGCCGUGGUUGGAAAUCUACAUUCUUGACUCACGAUAAGAGCAUUGCUGAAGAAAGGGCAGCUAAGUUGGGAAUGAAGUUGGAGUGGUUAAAAGAUGGAGUGAAAACAGUAAUGGGUCCAAUCCCAGCCAUCAAGUAUGAUAAAGUACGACAGCGCAAGAUUUGGUUUAAUAGCAUGGUUGCAGCUUACACCGGUUGGGAAGAUGCAAGGAACGAUCCCGUAAAGGCAGUAACCUUUGGGGACGGUACUCCAUUGCCAGCUGAUAUCGUCUAUGGCUGCUUGAGAAUUCUGGAAGAGGAGUCUGUUGCCAUUCCCUGGCAGAAGGGUGAUAUUCUGCUGAUCGACAAUUGGGCUGUCCUUCACUCUCGAAGGCCAUUCCUCCCUCCUCGUCGUAUACUUGCUUCACUUUGCAGGUAAAUGCAUCACAAAGUCGUGAAACUUCGGGAAAAUCAUGUAGGACCAAGAUUGUGGCAAUUCUGAAUCAGAUGGUUGAUUUAUUAACAUCAAGUAAAAUAAAAUAAUUUUCCUUCAGCUGUGUGUGUAUUGAAGGUUCCCAUGCUCUCUCUUUCUCUCCAAAUCAAUUCUAUCUCAUGUAAUUUAACGAAAGUACUCAAUAAAACUGUGUAGUGUUAACCGUCAAUAAUGUAAUUGCCUUUGGCUUUCUUCA